UCUCUUUGUACGCAUGCGUAUUGCAUCGCCAGCUGAUGACGUCAGAUGUGUGUAAACAACGAUCAGACAUUUAAACAGUCCGCUGUCAGACGACACUCUAAGCCGUUGGAGCUACUAUGCAGCUGGAGCCUAUGAGGACCACGCCUGUCUUCUUGCUAUGCGAUGGACGAGCCUGCCUGUUGUCUCACAACUUUGCCGAAAGUCUGCCGACUGAGAUGAGCGUGAAGAUCUUUGGCGAACUGGACGCGGAGAGCCUCUGCAGCGCCUCCAGCACCUGCAAGCUGUGGCAUCACAUCAUUGAGGAUAAUGAGCAGCUGUGGAGGAGACAGUGUCUCCUGGUGAGAGCCGUCUGUCAGAGGGAGGUGGACAGCGACCGGAAGGAUGGACUCUCCUGGAAGGUGGUUCUCGUGAGGAACUACACCCGCAGCUGCCUGAAGAGAGACUGGCUGAUUGGUCGCUACAGCAACAUCAUGUCAGCCGACGAGCUCAGAGACAGCAAGAUGGUCCCGCUGGAUGCCGAGACCUGGGGAGAGAUCUUGCAGGCCGAACUGGACCGAUGACGUCAUCAUGUUUAUGUCUUAUUCGUCCUUCUAAUUUAUACCGUUUAUCUCCAUCAAUCGUCAACACUUUUGUACAUAGUACUGUACAUAUAUAUAUAUAUACUGCUUUUUUGUCUUUUUUUAAAGAAAAAAACAAUCUGGAUAUCAGUAUACACUCAAAAAAAGAAACAUAAGACCUCUCUAAAUAGAUAGACUUUCUUUAUUGUCAUUGCACAAUAACACAGCAGUGAAAUUGCCAAAGAAAUGUCGUUGCCUGGCUCCUGUAUAAUAAUAAAUAAUAAUUUGGAGAAUAAAUAGAUUACAUCAAAUAUCAACAAUGUACAAUGUAAACAGUAAUUUGUAAAAAUAAUUUAAAUAAUUCAGAAUAAAUAAUGAUAAUAAUAA